GAACAAUUUCAACGGUUUCAGCGGGUGUUGAAGUCAAAUCGAAGACGGACUUGGACGGCGACAUUAUGGCAGCGUGUACAAUUUAAUGCCUUUAUUAAUAUUUUUCAUUUAAUCUGCAACAUAGAGUGAAUUGAUUUUGCAGUCAUAACGGAAUAUAUAUAUUUUUUUACUUGUGACUGAGGAUUUUUAUGGACGCAAAAAUGAGCUCUGCACUGUCAUCCACGCGUAACCUGAUGCAGAUGUUUGAUGCGAAGAUGCAGGAGUUCACCGAUGACAUUGCAACCGUCCACAUGGUGUGGCUUGAGGAGAUCCAACAGGAAGCCAAUCGCAUGUUCUCAAGUGACUUCAGUGCAGAACCAGAACUGAUGCCGAAGACUCCAUCCCAAAAGAAGAGUAACCGUAGGCGACGCAUCUCCGUGGGUCAGAAUGAGAGUCGCACCAAGAGAAGGUUCUCCACAGGCCAGCGCAGCAACCUGCGCCGCUCCUCUGCGACCCCCACGCUGAACCUGAUAGUAGAAGACAACGGGGAACCCCCCGUCGCGCUGGAGGAGGUGGUGAAACCCCCCCGUACCCGGAGAGCCAAACAGAUCUCCCAGUCGGAGUCGAGCGAGGAGGCGGCGGCUCCACCUGUACGAGGCCCCCGCAAAGGUGCUGCUCCGUCCCCCACGCUGGAGCCGGAACUCGAGAUUAUUCAGGAGGAGAAUCGGCCGGAGGAGGCUGUGAGCAGGAGGGAGGGGUCUGGCAACGACUCUUCCCCUCCCCCUAGUUUCGCCCCGUCUCCUCCCCCUCAGGCCCUCAGUCACAUGGCCGGAGUCAUGGUCACAAUCUCCUCCUCCGAGCGUCAGUCCGCAGAGCUCCAGGCCGUCCCCAGCCCGGAGCCGUCUCCAGGCCGCAACGCCACCAAGAUAACCAUCGCCGGCGGGGGCGUGACGGCCCCGGCUCACAGGCGCAGCUCCGUGAGGCACUCGCUGACCGUGCGCCGCUCCCUGGCCGGGCUGAGACACAGCAUGACCCAGGAGUCUGUGCGCCGGGCCUCCCGGAGGUCCUUCCUGAAGAAGAAGGCCCGCAUGGGCAGCUCUACCUGCAGCAGUAACGUCAGCGGUUAUGAGGACGAAUGCGUGGAAAUGGACGGAUGUGAGGAGGUCGCGGUGGAUCCAAAUGGGGUGUUGUCCGAAGAGCCGGCAGAGACCGCUACUGGAAGACCAGCACCAGAAACUCCUCCUGAGGGGAAUGAUUUGGAGAAGGUGCAGAAUCACCCGGAGGCUCAAAGCUUUGAGGAGAUUCGUCGCUUCACCCGCUCUAUGGCUCAGAGCACUCCCACCAUGCCACCCCCGUCCUCCAUCAUCAGCAAGACCAACGCCAGCACGCCGGAUUUGGGUUCAGACGGCACUGUUAAAAAGCCACUGUCAAGUCUGGGGCCUCGUCUCAGUGCCAAGCGCAGAGCGGCUGCUGAAGGGGGAGAAGAUUCCCUGAGCCCCAGAAAGAAGCCCUCUCCUCCCAAAAAGAGCCAGAGUAUGAAACCCAAUAUGAGGUCAUUCCUUCACACCGUCCAGAAGAACCAGUUGCUGAUGAUGACCCCGAGCUCUCUGGGUCGGACCACAGUCUUGAAGUCCUUCAUCAAACACACCACGCCGGCCAAACUUGACAUCAGGACGGGCAGUGGGCUAGUGGAAAGGGAACGCCUCAAAUUGGAAACACUAAAGAAGAAGCAGGAACAGGAAGAGGAGAGAAAGAAAAAGAUGGAGGACGAGAAGCGGAGAAAACAGGAGGAGAUGAAACGUAAGAGGGAUGAACGUCUCAGGAGGGUGGUGGAGGCCAGAGUGAAGGAGGAGCAGAAAGAGGAGGAGAAGAAAAAGAAGAUUGAGCAGAAGAUGGCUCAGAUUGAUGAGAAAAACGACAAGUUACGAGUGGAGCGUUUGGCAGAGGAGAAGGCCAAGAAGAAGGUGGCCACAAAGCGCCAAGAGGAGCUGGAACUGAGGAGGAAGAUGGAGGAGGACGCCAGAAGGAAGAAGAUUCAACAAUCUGAGGAAGAGGAGAAGCGUCAGCAGGAGAUACUGGCCAAGAGGAGAGCUGAGGAGGAACAAGAGAGGGUUCGCAAGAUGGCCGAAGCAAGACGUGCGCUGGAGCUGAAGAGGGAGCAGGAGAAGGAGGUGGAGAGGGAGAGACAAGCCUCUGUGGAAAGGGAACGACUUGAAAGGGAAAAAGCUGUUGCCCUUCAGAGAGAAGUGGAAAGAGCUGCCCGUGAGAAGGAGAGGAAGGAGUUGGAGGAGAAGAGGAAGGAGUUGGAGGAGAAGAGGAAGAGGGAGGAGAUUCAGAGGCAAGCUGAGGAGGAGAAACGUCGGGAAGCUGAGAGACAGAGGCAAGCUGAGGAAGAGAAACGUCGGGAUGCUGAGAGACAGAGAGAAGAAGCCAAAAAAAGAGAGCGAGAGACUGCUGCCAAGAGUCACCAGACUGCUGACGUUCAGCCAGCAGUGAUGAAGACGCCUGUAGGCAAAGAGAGACUGCUCAAUGUCACUGUGGAUGUCGAGCAGCAGCAGUCUCCCCAGUCUUAUGAGAUCACUCCCAAGGGGGGCAACAAGCCGUCUGUCAUCAACACCAACCCGGAGGAUUAUGGAAUGGACCAGAACAGUGAUGACUCCACCGACGACGAGUCUGCGCCAAGGAAACCCAUCCCUACUUGGGCUGAGGGCUACCAGUUGAAGCAGUCUAUGAUGAAGCAAUACUUCCACCCACUUGAUGUGGACUCCCAUUACGGGGACAUUGAGCCCCCGAAGCUGGAACGCAUCUUCUGCAAGAGCAAACCUCGCUACUUCAAACGGACCAGCUCGGCUGUCUGGCACUCGCCGCCUCGAAUGGGGGCGUUGCCUUUUUAAACACUGGGAUAAAAUGGUUUAGUUGUAUUAUUAUUUUUUAGGUUCAUCCUUGCAUGUAUUAUAUAAAGAAACCCUGUCUUGGCGGACACUUUCAGUGACUUCAGUAAAGUGCAAGGAAUGUCUACUUGUUGUUUUAAACCCUUUUUAAAUAUAAAUCUUUUGUACAUUUCAGAAAUUCUCAUGAAUAAAAUGGAUAGAACAUCUA